AUGAUUAGCAGCUUGGACGAUCAGCAGCUCUCACCAAUGCAAUCAACAUCAGAACUCGGUGAUUCACGGAAAGAGUUAAGACAAACUGAAUGUUGUGUACAUGGACGGCCAUGUGCCAUUGCAUCCAGGCUAUCACGGGAAAAGGAGAAAGAAGCCAGUUAUCACUCUUCAUCAGGUUUACACGAUAGCUCGAUAGCUUCUGGUUAUAAAAGUAUUUCCAAGAAGUCUGAGCCACAUGUUCAUGAGAAUGUUUCGUACAAUCUGCGCAAAAAGGUUGAACGUGAAGCACUUGAUGUUCCAACACGUACGUGGAAUUUCCGUGCUUCUCACCUUUCGCCCUCUAUCACCAAUUCUGAUCCCGAAAUUGAAGAGGAAGGAUUACAACGCAUUCGCAAUAAAGAAAGACAUACCGGACGCAGGGUGGAAGGUGUAUGUUUGUCUCGAACCAAGGAUGCAUCAUCCAUAGAAGAAGAGAAGAAGCGGGUCAUCUCAAACGAAAGAUAUGACGGUUAUGAAAUGAUGCGUCCGACCACUUUGGCACCGCCGCCGACGCCUACCGAAGAGGCAUUGUGGACAGCCCGAAGACAUGGUUCCAUGGACGUAUCACCAUCAGUCGAAGCCUAUAUUGGAGUAAUGACCGCAAAGAAAGCUGAAGAAUACGUUGUCAAGCCUGCUUCAUUUAAACUCUACCAUAUGAUGCCAAAAAUUGAAUCGUUGAACCAUGUGUUACCAGCACUUGGUCUUUAUAUUAUUUAUCGGAGUGGUACAGGUCAUGUAUAUCACUAUCCAAUCAGACAACGUAAGCAAAAUGUGGAUGAUUCAAAGACAAGAUCCAAACUUUCAAGGCUUACCAAUCUCCAAAGACAAUUCAAGGCUGUUCGGGUAGAAUACGGUGAUCCAAUGGCACCAUGGUUUUUCACCCUGGAUGCAUUGGUCAGCUACUAUAACGUUUAUGUACACUUACAUGAAGUGGAUGGUGAAUGUGUCGCAGAUAUAUUUCCUCCUAAUGAAAUAGGGCACAUCAGUAAAUCAUAUCAACAUGCAUCAUCAGUGUUCCAUUGA